AUGGAUUUCUUCAAAUUCUUCAAAUUCCGUAGAUAUAAACAGCCACAGGCAACAGAGGCGCUAGAAAAUGUUGUCCCGGCAUCUGAAUCAGUCAUGGACGAGAUUCAACCACAGACGGAGGCACCAGAAAAUGUUGUCUCAGCAUCCGAAUCAGUCAUGGACGAGAUUCAACCACAGACGGAGGCCACAACGAUCUCAGACGAUCAGAGCAAAUUCAACAGCACCAUCAAUAUUGCUCAACUUGAAAACGACUUUCGAGUCAUCUUAAUCAGCCUCACCAGUCCAACCGGCAACAAUCCAAGUAAGUCUUCCACAAGCUCAUAUUCCGUAACCGAUAGUGGUCCUAGCUAUGAGGACUAUCAUUUUGUACAGUUGAAUACGGUGAAAAAAGAUGAUCUUCGCAGCAUCGCCCAGAGUAUGAAAUCUGCUGGAAAUCUUGAGAAGGGGGUUGAGGUGUACCAGAGUGUCAGGAAGACUUUCCUGGACACAAGUCUCCGAAAACUCGGUGUCAAGAAAUUAAGUAUGAGUGACAUUCGUAGUUUGGAGUGGGGAGCGUUUGAGGGGACAAUCAGACAGUGGAUGCAAGGUGCUAAGAUUUGGGUUAGUGUUCUGUUUGUGAGCGAAAAGAGACUUUGUAAGCAUGUGUUUGGAGGUCUUGGAAAUGGCAUUGACGGUAACUGUUUUGCGGGAACAGUUAAAGAUCCUGCAUUUCAAUUAUUUGAGACUGGUAAAGCAUUAGGCAUCUGCGCAGGCGAUAGAUCACGACAUCCGGAGAAGCUGUUCAGAAUUUUAGACCUCCACGAAAUGUUGGCACAGCUUUGGGAUGAUCUUGACAUUAUCUUUAAGUCCAAAUCAUUAGAAUCUGUUGGAAUUGUGGCUGCUGAGAUGCAGUCACAGCUUGCCAAAGCUGCAAGAGAGACUCUACUGCAAUUUGAAAAUGACAUGCUUCAUGAGCAGUCUCAUUUUCAGGAUCAGAGAGGUGGGAUUGACAGAGUGACUACAUAUGUUACGAAAUACAUUACUCAGUUCGCUUACUACAAUGAAGGUCUAACUAAACUGAUCGUGUCAAAGCCAGAUUAUAGGAGUAAUAUUUGUGGUGAUCAUAUGACGAUUCCAGAAGUGAAACUUGCUCAACUUGAUGCGUGUACUAGUACUCCAUUGGUGGUCCAUUUAAUUUGGAUCAUUGAAAUUUUACAAUUCAAAUUGGAGGCUAAAUCCAAGUGCUACGCGGAUGCCUCUUUGACUCAAUUAUUCAUGAUGAACAAUGUUCACUACAUUGUUGCAAAAAAUCAAAGAGGACCAGGAUUUGGGAGAGAUGGUUGGGGAGGAUUAUUUGAAGACGUUGAUCGAAAAUGUGCAGCUACGAAUGAAUGCCUAUAUGGGAUUGACUUGGGAGAGGGUCCUCUAUUGUCUGAGAGAUGA